ACAACUGUCCUCUUCACACUUACUCCCCACACUUUGCCAUCCUUGGUACCUGAGCCCCAACACUUUCACUGGUCGGGAUAGUAGCCUCUGGCUUCGAUUCGCUAUGACACCGUGGCCUCUGUCCUAAGUGACUCAGGCAAGGCAAUCCCAGUUCCAACUCCCAACUUCGCAACCUCAUCAACCACCUGCUUCCGUCUAGUUGCAGUUAUCAGACUUGAGUUGUAUGAAAUCAGCAGACCGGUUUUCGCCAGUGAAAAUGGAGGACGCUUUCGCAAACUCUUUGCCUACUACCCCGUCAUUGGAGGUUCCUGUGCUCACUGUCUCCCCGGCUGACACAUCUCUUCAGACGAAGAAUGUGGUGGCUCAGACAAAGCCUGAGGAGAAGAAGCCAGCGAAGAAAAGAAAGUCCUGGGGCCAGGAAUUACCAGUUCCCAAGACAAACUUACCUCCAAGAAAACGCGCUAAGACAGAAGAUGAGAAAGAGCAGCGCCGGAUUGAGCGAGUUCUUCGCAACCGCGCAGCCGCACAAACCUCUCGCGAGCGCAAGAGACUUGAAAUGGAGAAGUUAGAAAGCGAGAAGAUUGAUAUGGAACAACAAAACCAGUUCCUUCUUCAGCGUCUCGCCCAGAUGGAGGCUGAGAACAACCGUUUAAGUCAGCAAGUUGCUCAGCUAUCCGCGGAGGUUCGGGGAUCCCGCCACAGCACUCCAACUUCCAGUUCCCCCGCGUCAGUUUCGCCAACUCUCACACCGACUCUUUUUAAGCAGGAAGGGGAUGAGGUUCCUCUGGACCGCAUCCCUUUUCCAACUCCCUCCGUGACCGACUACUCCCCAACUCUUAAGCCUUCAUCUCUGGCUGAGUCCCCCGAUUUGACACAACAUCCUGCAGCGAUGUUGUGCGACCUGCAGUGUCAGUCGGCGGGCUCGAAGGAGAUGAAAGUGCCCUCACGCUUUUCGACCUCGGAGCCAGCAUUAAGCAUGAGCCUACACAUGACCUUACAGCUCCUCUUUCUGACGAUGACUUCCGCCGCCUAUUCAACGGUGAUUCAUCCCUUGAGUCAGAUUCUUCACUCCUUGAAGACGGGUUCGCCUUUGACGUUCUCGACUCAGGAGAUUUAUCAGCAUUUCCAUUUGAUUCUAUGGUUGAUUUUGACACCGAGCCUGUCACCCUCGAAGAUCUCGAGCAAACCAACGGCCUUUCGGAUUCAGCUUCUUGCAAGGCUGCUAGCUUGCAACCCAGCCAUGGCGCGUCCACUUCGCGAUGCGACGGGCAGGGCAUUGCAGCUGGCAGUGCGUGAGAGGUUUUCGACGGAAGACCGUCUGGUUCCCGAUGUUGUAGAGGGUCGAUGGAGCUGGGAAUCCUUGUUAACGCUAGCGUCGGCGAUAAAUCUUCUUGAGAAACCGGAGCGACGAAGAAGAACCUUGAGGGGUCUUGAUUCGUUAAAGCGGGGUCGGCGUAUUGAUUCGGGGAAGCGGUACAGGGUCAUACGGAGUUCACGGAGUUCAACUAGCCCAAGAGAGGCGUUGACGUCUCGGAGAAAGGGCUUAUGAUAAUUUGUAUAUUAGCGUGUCCACUAUUCAAUGUAAGAGCGAGCAAUUGAGACUCGACUUCUCAGUU